AUGGAUUUCUCACAGGCUCAGCCCAACACGCGCGCCGACACCGACGAGGUCAGUCAACGCUUCAUCCCUGUCAAAAGAUUGAAAAUAUUUCCGCCCCGUCCAUCCGCCAAGCGGCCAUCGGCUCCCCCUGGUUCUCUGUUCGACCAACGUCCUGGCAGUAAUGGCCAGUCGGCGACUUUUAGGAAGACUCGGUAUAGCUUUCCCGUGCGCGACGUCGAUGCCGUGUUCACGGUGAUUGCCCCGCCGCCUCCCCGUUGGAAGGAUGACUGGAGUGAGACCGUCGAGCGGCUGUCCGGCCCAGGCAAGUUCACCACCGUUCAGCACCUGGCCAGAUUCACUCUGUUCAAUCAACUGCCGCCUGAGCUUCGGCGACUCAUUUGGCGUCAGAGUUGGGAGCACCGCGACGUCAUAGUGAAGCGAGAGGUGGCGGAUUGGAGCGAGCAGAGAAGCGGACGCACGUCGCGUACAUUCGAUUAUCAUCGCGAGCUCCAGCGAAUCCGUGUUCAGGACGCCAAGCUCGCGUAUGAUCGGUGGGUCCGGGAUGUCGAUGCAGAUGCCGACCAGUUCGAGGCAAUUACCAUAGAUGGAAUGCACUCUGAGUCCGAGGGCGAAGGCGAGGACGAGGACGAGGACGAGGACGGCUUUCGAGGCGGCUCUAGUUGCAUGAAGAACACCGUCGUCACUCGUACCUGGACUGAUACUCAGUCACCGCCUUCCAUGUAUGUCUGUCAUGAGUCACGAAGCGAGACCCUGCAGUACUUUGAGGCAGGUGGCCUGAAACUCCGCCAGGGAAUUUCCAAAGUCUGGGUCAAUCUCAACCUCGACAACAUCCGACUGUCCUUGCACACGCCACUUCACCUGGCCUUCACACAGGAGACCUGCGCCAGACUGGUCCGCAUCUCAGUCCCAGAGUUGGCGCCCACACUGUCCAGAUUCUCACGGUCCAUCGGUCAUUGGGACCCGGAGAAGCGCAACUCGUGGGCUGUCCCCAAGGUUUACGGAGUGGAGACACAUGAUGCCGAUUUCAGAUAUGUCUGGUCUUUGCUGCGAUGGAAGUUCCCCAACCUGCGAGAGAUCAACCUGGAGCGCUUCACGGAAUGCAAUCGGUACGAGUCGACCAAGACUCUUCGCCAGAACCAGCCGCUCGAUCUGGAGAACUUGUCCCACACGAACUUGGCCGCCCGCGAGGCCAACCUCCACUGCCACUCCUGCAUGAACAUUCAGCAUACCAUCAAGAACCGCUUCACCAGUAUUGGUCAGACAGCUUACUGGGAUCACCUAACUUCCGCCGAAGAUCUCGAGCGCGUCUACGACGCGCACUGCAUCAUGCGUCCGAUGUACAAGAAAGAGCGCAUCGUCAUCGGCGCUGUCAAGGCAGCUGGUACACAGAAGAAGGACGAGGAGGUCGUCGUCAACUACUGGGCCACCAGAUGCAAAGAGCGCGGUGCUUUGGGUCACCCGGGCUUUAUAGAGAAGGAACCACUCCGCCGGGAGAUAGUCGCCAGAUCACUGGAGAUGUACCUCGGUUGUGCUGGUGACUUUGAGUAUCUCCCUUACAAGAUCUAG